UCACUCGCCCCCGGGAGGGCCCGAGGGGCGCGCGGCGUUGCGCAGUCCCCGUCGCGGUCCGGCCCGGCGGCGGCCACUCGGUCCUCCCGCCACCGCCGGUCCCCGUGGCCCCGCGGGGGCCGCCAUGCCGCCGCCGGGCCGGGUCCUGUCGUGGCUCGCUGUGCUUCUGGGCUCCGUCCGCGCCUCGCCCGAGUCCGCGACGCCGAACAACUUGACUCCAGAGGCGCCGAAUGUUCUCCUGAUCAUCGUGGAUGACCUGCGUCCGUCCCUUGGCUGUUACGGGGACAAGUUGAUCCGGUCCCCGAACAUUGACCAGCUGGCAUCCCACAGCCUCCUUUUCCAGAAUGCCUUUGCUCAGCAAGCAGUGUGUGCUCCAAGCCGCGUGUCCUUUCUCACCGGGAGACGACCUGACACAACCCGCCUCUAUGACUUCAGCUCCUACUGGAGGGCGCACGCUGGGAACUUCUCCACGCUCCCCCAGUACUUCAAGGAGAACGGCUAUGUGACCAUGUCCGUGGGCAAAGUGUUUCACCCCGGAAUAUCUUCAAACCAUAGUGAUGACUCUCCGUAUAGCUGGUCAAUCCCACCAUAUCACCCCUCCUCUGAAAAGUACGAGAACACCAAGACAUGCAGGGGACCGGAUGGAGGGCUCCAUGCCAACCUGCUUUGCCCUGUGGAUGUGGCCGACGUGCCUGAGGGAACCCUGCCUGACAAACAGAGCACCGAGCAAGCCAUCCGCUUGCUGCAGAAGAUGAAGACAUCGGCCAGUCCUUUCUUCCUGGCUGUUGGGUACCAUAAGCCGCACAUCCCUUUCAGAUACCCCAAGGAAUUUCAGAAGUUGUACCCCUUGGACAGCAUCACCUUGGCUCCCGACCCUCAGGUCCCGGCCGGCCUCCCACCUGUGGCCUACAACCCCUGGAUGGACAUCAGGGAGCGAGAGGACGUGCAGGCCUUGAAUCUCAGUGUGCCCUAUGGCCCGAUUCCCGAGCACUUUCAGAAGAAAAUUCGCCAGAGCUACUUUGCCUCUGUUUCCUAUUUGGACACCCAGGUUGGUCAGCUUCUGAGCACAUUGGAUCAUCUUCAGCUGACCAACCGCACAAUCAUCGUAUUUACCUCAGAUCAUGGGUGGGCUCUCGGUGAACAUGGUGAAUGGGCCAAAUACAGCAAUUUUGACGUGACUACUCGAGUUCCUCUGAUGUUCUACGUGCCCGGAAAAACAGCUCCACUUCCAGAGUCAGACCAGAAGCUUUUCCCUUAUAUCGACCCUUUUGAUUCUGCCCCAGGAUUGAUGGAGACAGGUCGGCGAACUGAGGACCUGGUGGAACUUGUCUCUCUCUUCCCCACGCUCGCGGGUCUCGCAGGACUACAGGUUCCCCCUCGCUGCCCCAUUCCCUCAUUUCAUGUCGCGCUAUGCAGAGAAGGCCAGACUCUGCUGGGUCAUUUUCGGUCCCGUGACUUGGAAGAGGAUCCCUCCCUGCGUGGGAAUCCUCGAGAGUCCAUCGCCUAUAGCCAGUACCCCCGGCCUGCAGAUUUUCCUCAGUGGAAUUCUGACAAGCCCGACUUAAAAGAUAUCAAAGUCAUGGGCUAUUCCAUACGCACAGUAGAUUAUCGUUAUACUGUGUGGGUUAGCUUUGAUCCCCAUGACUUCCUGGCUAACUUCUCCGACGUCCAUGCAGGGGAACUGUAUUUUGUAGACUCUGACCCUCUGCAGGAUCACAACAUGUAUAAUGCCUCCCAAGGGAGAAUACUGUACUGGUCCUGGACCCCUUAAACUCUGCUAACCCGUAGGGCAUCCCUAAUCCCCCACCCCUGCUGUGAGAAGGAGUUAUGGCUGAUGAUUUUGUGAUUAUAGAAUACUGGAACCAGUUUGGGGAGUAGGCAGACAUGACAUGCAUCAACCAUCUGUCCUAAAAGUAUGUAUAGCCAAGCCUCUGACUUAGUCUUUGUCAGUUUCUAGAUGGUCGUUGGGCUGAAUCAUUCCCCCCUGCCUUCUUUCUACAGUAAUGGCUUAUUUAUUGCACAAAAUAAAUAAGCUCACAAACUCAAGUGAUCAUGGCUUAAUAUUAAUAAAGCACAACAGUAUAGUCAGCAAAUGCUUUAUUUGUAGAAUUUAGUGUAUUUCAAAAAGUAACCAGGUAUCUUAAGUUUUUGUGGCAAGUUCUGGUUUUUGUCUUUGUAAUUUUAUGUCUUGUGUACUCCAUAUAGUCAACAGGUUAUAUCAACAUAUAAUCCAGUUUUUUUCCCUUAAAAGUGAAGUUACUAAUUCUUAAUGCCAUGGCCUUAAAGUCUUAGCUUUAAUUUUUAUUUCGAUGGUUCUGCAUUUUUAAAGUUGAAAGAUGUAUCAAGUGGUAAUGUGGAAUUUUUACAUCAAAUAGUAAGUGAUGCUCAGUGAACUGGAGACAGAAGAUAUGUGGGGAAUGCAGUUAAAAAUGUCCAGAGACUUUCUGUAACAUAUAAUUGAUUGACAAAUAAUAGGAUCCUUAAAGGUGGAGGCACCGUUACUCUCAGUGGAAAGUAUCUAAAGGUACAGCUAUACCCUAAAGGCAGUCACUCAUAACUAUAUCACUGUUCUCCUUCUCUAAGGGUUUGGUUGCAGACCAACAUUCAUUUAUCCAGGAGGCAAAAUAUAUUCAGCUUGGCAUUACUACUAAAGGCAUUAAUUUUUUAAAAAAUUCUAAAUUACUUUAAAGAUACAGAAACUUAUCAGUCCUAAAGUGUAGUUCUAAAUAUUAUGUCAUCUUAUUUUAAAGGGAUAGACAAAAUCAUAACUCAUUUACAACAUGUUGAAACUGAUAGAUGAUCAAUAGUCAUCAGACGAGGCAAUGUUUUUUCUAAGUAGACAUCUAAUAUAUUCUUGCAUCAGUAGGCGGUUUAUUCUCUUCAGUGCUGCUUAAGUGUUUAAAAGUAAAUGUUUGUGAAAACAAAAUAUGGCAAAUUAUAUUCAGUGGAUUAGGUUGUAACCCCAAAAGGCAAGAUAUUAUGUCGAAAGAUUGUUUCAAAUUGGCAAAGUCUCUGUCUAAAACAUAUAUUUAUUUUUUACUAAUCAGCCCAAAAUGGAGGUGUGUAUGGUGGCACAAGGACCAUAAGCAGUAAAGGGACCGUAUUUUUGCAAGAAGGAGUUCUAUCCCUCUUUCCCAUCCAUGAAACCGUUCAUUCUUCUGCAUGUCUCGGCUGUUUCACUGUUUCCCGGAGCACUUUUCUGUGUCCUUCCUGCACUAUGUUGCUACUCCGACAUUCUGGAUGACACUGUGAAUAUCUCGUGGCAGACUGUCAGUAUAACUCAUUUUCUCUUCUCCAGUUAGAAGGCGGGCAUUCAUUUCACAUUCAUCCAUUGAACCGCUGUGCUGGGUCCAAUGUGUGUAUGUCACUAUUUUGGAGAGGGGGUGUUUUAAAAUAUGUCUGGAGACCCAGUUUAGUUUGACACUCUUCUACUUCUGCGCUUGUUGCGGUGUGCUUUCCAUGGUGCUAACUUAACGGAUGCAAGUGACUGAAGCCACAUCUGUCCGGGCUACGCGCGCCUUGUCUGGACAGAAGGUGCUGUUUGCUUCUCUUCUCUCAGUGAGGGCAGAGCUGCAGAACACUGGAGCUCUCCUCGGCUUGCCCUUUUUCCUUGACAUUCAGCAGCACGGGCUGCAUGGCAUGCGGAGUGGUGUGUGUGCUCUUCUAAGUCCUCUCGCAUGUCCUGGCGGUGCUCUGUGUUCUUGACACGCGCCCCAGUGUCGUGCUGCUUUUGUUUAUCUCUGACACACGUUGGAGUGAGCAGCUUCUCUCGGUCUUCCACAGAGCCCAGCUGACCACAUCUCUCCUCUGCACGAGCUUUAGCAAAGCCAGGCUUUCUCUGCCGCCUUGCAGAAGCUGCUCUACUGCAUGCAUUUCGUUACUGACUGCUUGCUUUCUGGAAAGGCCCAUUUUACCAAGCAAGGAUUCUUUGAUACGGUAUAGUUGAAACCAGACACAGUCACCCCAGAUGCUCGCAGUAGCGUUCACUGAUGGAGCAGUGGAACCACUGGAGAGGGGCUUGUGCAAAGCUAACGUCUGUGCCGGGUCAUGCCCACAAAGGUUCAGCAAAAGUUCAGAGUUAGCGGGUUUGAGAAGGCAGUCGUGAGAUUUCGUGUUUCUUUUUUUUUUUUUAAAUGUUCUUUUCUCUUAUUAUUCAUCGAAUCACUGUGAGAUGUGCAGUGACAGAAUCGUUCAUGAUUGGGUUUCAGUUAUACAGUGUUCAGAUUUUGCAUUUCUUACCACACUGAGGAGCAGUGCACUUGGGUCUGUGCAGUGUGGUAGGGCCGCCACUGGCACAGUAGCCCUCCGAAUUGGAAUUCAGGUCAGGGGUGGAGUUCUGUGGCGGAGAGCAUCCGCCACAUGCCCGAGGAGCCGCGUUUGACCCGUGGCACCACAAAGCAAUAACCGUCAGUUAGUAUGAAACAAGUGUUGCAAAAGCAGUCUCAGCUCCACUUCCCAGGUUUCAGAUGUUCAUCAGUCUUCCCAGUAGCCGCGGCCACCCUUUUGGACAGCGCACAUUGAGAACCUUUCCCUGGCAGAAAGCUUGAUUGAGCAGCGCUAUCCUGGAUGAGCUGAGUGCGGGUUGUUCCAUCUGGCUGUUGGUCCGUCUCUGCCACGGGUUGCUUCUGUCUGUUGCUGCGAGGAGUGUGCUGUGUUGAGGAGCAGACUAAGGGAAUCGCUCUCGCCUCUUCCCUUCCACUCAUCACCAUGGUCCUUUCUCCGCUCUCCCAAGUAGAUGACCGUCCUACCAUUUUCCUCCCCCGUUUCCUAAGAAUCCAUGUGUCUUCCUGAAAAUCCACUUAAAUCCCGCCCUUGAAUAACACCGAUAGUGCCUACUACUGGGUCUGGUCUACACAGACCUUGCUGAGCAGUCAGAGUCUUCCCUGACUCCACAAAACCCUUUCCCUCGGCUGACCAGUUAACUCUGGUCCCUCCCUUCCCUGGCCAGUCCACCCUCCCGCCCCCCCAUAGGUUGUCCCUUCCCCGCUCUUAACAUCAUUCAUGGUCAUUUUUCAUACCCACACCCCACGGGCAAGAGGCUGAGGGCUGGAGACUUCCUAAACUUUACGCCGAGAUGAAACAAAUAGCACUUGUAGUCACCUGAGUUUAGUACAGAUAAUUUUGUUUUGGGGUGCCCAGAUAGGUAGUACAGUGGGAAGGGCACUUGCUUUGCAUGUGACAGACCAAGGUUUGAUCCCUGGCACCCCAUAUAGUCCCCUGAGCACCUCCAGGAGUGGUCUCUGAGCGCAGAGCCAGCAGUAAGCUUGAGCCCUGCCAGGUAUGACCUCCUCCAACCCCCCACCACACACACAAAAAGAAGUUGAAAAUGUAGUGAAAGUGAGAAAAUUCGAUCCAUAUUUUACCCUAAUUACUUAAUGUCUUGUCUUUUGGGGGAUGUGAAUGUUUUUUGUUACUAUGAUCAUGCUGUAUGCCUUGUCAUGUGAUGUUAGGUUCUUUUUAUAUAGUUCUGGAGUGUUACAUGUGGUUAUACUGACUUCUGGGAGUACUUCAUAUUGCUGGUAAUAUGUUCUAUGUGUUACUUUCUAAUUUCGCCUUCUUUUAGUCAUUGGAAAUUUGGGUUAGCUACAAAGUAUUGUAAAUAAUGCUGUGAUAGACAACAUUAUGAAUGUAAUUUUUUCUGUAUUUCAUACUGUUCCAUUAAGGUAAUAUUUCAAUGCUACAUUCGCAAAUAGCCUUUCCACUCUGUGCUCUCUCCACUCUGGUGCUGCCUUAGGGUAGUAAAAGUGAAAUGAAAACAGGGUACAAGUGAAAAUGAUACAAUAACAAAAGGAAAACAGAAACAAUAUACCACUUACAAUAAUAGGUGGAAGUUGUAUCCUAUUUGAGCCUCUAAUUCUUUAUUAGUAAAAUCCUUUGUUGUUCUCUCUGUAUGAUUUUUGGGCAUUUAUAUUUCUAGUUGUGUGAAUUUGCCUUUACAUUUGAUGGGUUUCAUUUAUUAAAGUGAUCAAUUUCCUCUUUCCCUAUGUGAUAUUUCCCUCUUUUCCUGUUAAACAUGGAGCUCCUUUCCCAACCUUGAGAUUAAAUAAAUUUUCAUUUUUUCC